UUCAAGAGUAAAUUGCUAAAUUAAUAUAGUCAUGAGGAAAGACAAUUCGGCGGGAGGCGCAUUAGCCAUCGGACUCAUUGUCAUGAUCCUCGCCGGCCAAUGUUACGGCCAAUUGAAAAUCGGUUUUUAUAAUAACAAGUGUAAAAAUAAUGUUGAUUUUGAUGUUGAAGACUUUAUUCGUGGGAGGGUGGAAUUGGCUUUCAGCAAGGAUCCUACUCUUGUAGCGGCUAUGCUUCGUAUGCUCUUUCAUGAUUGCUUUGUUAAGGGAUGUGAUGCAUCACUUCUACUUGACGGAGAAAACACUGAGAAGACCGCAGGGCCAAAUAGAACUGUUAGAGGCUUUGAACUCAUUGAUGACAUAAAAAGAGCCUUAGAAGACGAACAUCUUUGUCCAGGAAUUGUUUCUUGUGCUGAUAUUAUCGUUAUAGUGACAAGAGUUACCGUUUUUCUGGCAAAUGGCCGCACAAACUAUUACCUGGUGGAAACCGGGAGGCGCGACGGCAUUACUUCUCUAGCUAGCGACGCCAGGGAUAAUUUACCUCCUCCAAAUGUGGAAGUUUCUAAAGCCAUUUUAUUGUUUGAAGCCGUGGGAUUAACUAAAGAAGACUUUAUCCUUCUUAUGGGUGGACAUACAGUAGGAAUUGGACAUUGUGCUCUCUUCGAAAAUCGAUUGUACAACUACAAGGGCAUCCCCGGAGCGUCAGACCCGAGCAUAGAUGUAACAUUUCUCCAAGUUCUAAAGACGACUUGUCCUCAGGGCGGGACUAGCGGCAAUUUCGUCAAUCUUGACCAAAUAUCUCCUAAUUUUGUAGACAAUAGCUAUUACAAUUCUACCUUAAAACACUACGGGGUUCUUCAAAUCGAUCAAGAUAUCGCUUUACACCCAGCAACGACCAAAACUGUGUCGUAUUUUGCAGCUAACGGCGCCGUUUUUAAUAAAAAGUUUGGUGAUGCACUCAACAAUUUGGCUAGAGUUGGUGUUCUUACAGGUGACCAAGGACAAAUUAGGGCAACUUGCCGUAUGGUUAAUCCGAGUUAUUGAGUCGAGGAUCUUUAUCGACUUACCGUACUCCUGAUUUUGCCAAUUUACUCACUAAGGUACAAGCAUGUGAGUAAGGAAAUAGAGUUACACAAUACCUACAAGCACUAUGUACAAUCGAUUGUACUUAGUACAUGAGAAUAUUGCCAAUUAAGUCAUCCUCAAAUAGUUGGGUUUUGAUAAUUUUGUUGUUUUGCUAUUUUAUUGCUGUUCUACGUACGAGUUUUUGGCGGGCAUAUUAUUUUCUAGCACCCACUUUUAGUUGGAUUUUAUUAUCCUUGCAAUUUUCUAAGCUACUUUAAUUUGAGUUUGAUGGAUAGAUACGUUUUGGACAAAUUUAUGCUCUACAUUAUGGAGGAAAACAGGGUAUUCUUAAAACUUAUAACUUAUAACUUAAACACUGCAUGUUAUUAUGUGACAUGUCACCCCUAAAUAGGUCACAAUAAGCCAAC